GUACUGUUUUUAAAUUAACGAAUCCUUUAUGAUGAAAAUGAUGAUAAUUAAUGAAACGAUAAUGAUUUUUAAUUAUUAUAUCUUUAACUUUCAUUCAAAAAAGUUUGAUUAUUCAAACAAAAACAAUUUGAUAAAAUGAAAUUUUAUCUAAGAAAUUUUCUACUAAUUCUUUUGAUAGCAUUUGGAUCGAUUUUUGGUUGGCUCAUUUUCAUUUCAAAUAGUAAUCCUACGAAAAACCCUUCAUUUAUUGCCAAUACCAUUUAUCCUAUUGCAAGAAAAUUAAUAAUCCAAAAUAAAACAGAAACUUUAUCGAAUGAUCUUAUUGUUGCAUCACCAGUGGAACAGCUUUCAGUGGCCAAUAGUAAAAAUGUUGAUUCUUUUACCGAAUUCAAAUCGGUGUCAAAAUCGAGAAGAAUACGAAACAUUACUUGUAAAAUCAACGGUGAAUACAAGAUUAAUUGUUUGAAAUUGAUCAAUAGCAAAGAAACUUCCGUCUAUAUUCCAUUUUCUUUUAUUCAUAAAUAUUUUGAAAUCGGUGGUAAAAUUGUUAAUCCAAAAAGUCGAGAUGAAUAUUUUGAAUGGAAUCACAGCUAUUCGAAGAUAUUCUAUCCAGAUCAACCAUACGAUCCGGCAAAUUUAUUUCUUUGGUUUGGCAAUUAUAAUGUAGAAUUUCGUGAUCGUGUUAAAUGUAUUUCGGCCAUCGAUAAUGUUCCAAUAUCGACGCAAUGGUUUCCUGCUGGUCAUCUUUAUCCCACACAAAUCUGUCAAUACGGUCUCAGCCAUUUCAAUAAAAAUCUUACAUCUCCACCGUCCGAACGUAUCCAAUUAAUUAACGAUGGAAUUGUAUCCAAUUUAAAUGUUGAUCUUAAUUUUGUUCCAGAUUCUGGAAAAAAAUAUCUUAUUAUUAAAGAUGCGCGAUUGGAUUUGAAACAUAAUCAUACAAAUUAUCUGAUUGGGCAACUUGAUUUAAAACUAGAAGGAAAUGCUUCAAUUACAUUUGUCAUGUUUCAUAUACCGACACAACAAUUAUCUUAUGUCGUUUAUUCUACUAUCGACAAAGUGUUUGUCCUACAACCUGAAGAUAAUCGUAUCACAUAUGGUUUAGGAUCAAAAGCUUCCCAAAAACAUGAAUGGUUUCGUCUUACUCGUGAUCUACUUGUGGAUUUAUUCAAAGGAAAUUCCAUUUCUGACCGAAAACGCAACAAUUAUCAUGUUUUAAACAUUCAAAUCAAUGGUACUGUUCAUAUCCAAAAUCUAUCCCUUAAAACUUCAGCACAUGAAGAAUUUACUAUGGCAGCUGGUGAUUGGUUAAUCCAAAAUCAAAAUGCUCAAGGUGGUUGGCGUAUUCAAGUGGAUAGAAAAUUAUCCAAAGGUUUAUUGAUAAUCAAAAAAGGUUGGCAUUCUGCAAUGGCACAAGGACAUGCAAUAAGUUUGUUAACUCGAUUAUAUCGUGCUACAAACAAUACAAAAUAUUUGGAAAGUGCAAAAAAAGCAUUGAAUAUCUUUGAAAUCGAAUCAUACAAGAAUGGUGUUAAAGCCAUUUUGUUUGAUAAAUAUAUCUGGUAUGAAGAAUAUCCAACUGUACCAAGCAUAUUUGUUCUAAACGGAUUCAUCUAUUCAUUGUUCGGUUUAUAUGAUCUUAGUAAAGCUUGUCAAGAUAAUAUAUGUCAAAAAUCUGGCCAAUUUUAUGAUGAAGGAAUACGAUCAUUAGAAUCAGCUCUUUCAAUAUAUGAUUCUGGUUCAGGAUCAUUUUAUGAUCUUAGACAUUUGAGCUUAGGUAUAGCACCGAAUAUUGCACGUUGGGAUUAUCAUUCAACACAUAUAAAUCAAUUAUUAUAUUUGUAUACAAUUACUCGAAAUGAUCUUUUCAAAACGAUUGCCGAUCGAUGGAUUGCCUAUAUGAAAGGUCAUCGUGCAUCACAUAAUUGAUAAAUUGAUAAAUUUGUUUUAAUUUGAUACAAAAUUCCCUUCUUAAAUUCUUAUUAUUGUGAUAUUUUUAUUGAUUUUUAUUUUAUAAUUUUGUCAAUUAAUAAGCAACAGCACCCUCUCUC